AUGUUAUUUCAGUGUGGUUGGGUUCGGAGAGCCUUCAAGGAAGCUGGAGUUUCUCGUCCAUCUUCUUCUUCUGGGAGGAGUCCAAUUGAGCAAUGGUUGAGUGAGGCUGUCGAGGAACUAUCCAAGGAUCAAUUCACUAGACUAUUUUCUUGCCUUUGGCAGAUUUGGCGCAUGAGAAACCAAGUUCUUCAUAAUAACAUCUCGGCUAAACCUGAGGAGGUAGGGAGGCGGAUUGCAAUCCUGUUAGCAUAUUACAAAGAAGCUCAUUCCCUUACUCUUCGGGACUCCAAGGUGGGAAUUGGCUUAAUUGCCCAUGAUGCGAAAGGCUUUCACAUUGCUUCCAAAUCAAUCUGCGCUCCAGGGCCUUUGAAUCCCCUUUUUGCGGAAAGUAGUGUAGCCAGGGAGGCACUGGUUUUUGCCAAGUCCCUCAACUGUCAAGAUGUUGUUCUGGGAAGGGACUCUCCGUUGGUUAUCAAGGCUUUGGCUGGAAACGAGAUGGACUUUUCGGAGAGUGAUCUAUGUAUUGGGAGCGCAAAAACCCUCCUUGAUUCCUUUGCCCAUGUCAGGUUUUCUCAUGUUAAAAGAUCAGCAAAUCAUGUUGUUGACACUCUAACUAAGUAUGCUUUAUCUAGUUCUGACUCUUAUGAGUGUUUUGGAGAGAACCCCGCCUUCCUCCUCCAUGUAGUUGGGACUGAUUGUCUCGCUCGUUCUUCAUAA